AAACACGAGGCUUAUUGAUUAAAACGCAGUCUUUAUUUUGAUUCAGUCGAACCUAUUUGCGCGUUUAUAAAAGACUCGCUGACUCUUUGUCUUUCAGACAUACAUUAAUUUUCCGAGAAACAUGAAGCUACUAGCGAUUGUUGCGAUGUUCGCUUUUGUGGCAGUACAGCUCAGCUGUUCAGCACCGGUUCCCGAUGAAGAGAAGAAAGAGGUCGAAGUUGUACCCGCCGCGGUCGCUGUUGAAGCCUCAUCGCAUGUCGUACCAGAGACAAAGGCUGAGCAAUCUGAAGUCGCUAGACUUGCUGAGCCAGCAGCGCCCUCUCCACACGCAGAAGAAAAGAAGGUGUGAUUGCCGACACAUAUAUAACGAGUGUCUUACAUUUUAUAACAUAAUAUAAUGAUUUACUUUAUGUAAUAUUUUUAUUAAUAAAGCAUUACAUUUGGGUAGUUUAUUUAAA